AUGCAUCGCUCUUUUGAAGAGCUGGAGCCAUCUCUAUCCGUCACUGAGCAAAACCUGGCAGACAGAGUUAGGUACAUCCUGCGCUCCAACAUAUUUGGUGACGCCGAACUCGAGCGACUACGACGUGAGGCUAUUCCUUCAUCGAAUGGAAAUGCUACGGCUGGGAAUGCGGCGCCACUAGAUGCGCAACAAACUGCAUAUGUGGAUGCUGCCUUCAACAUUCCAUUUGUGGCUAAUUCAGACGAUGAUGGAAUAGUCUCCCACGAACUAGAGAAAAUGAGGAGCAUAUUGGAAGAGUCGAUGCUGGAAACGCGCAGCAUGCCUCUCGAAAAUCGACCGCGACUUCCCCCAUACCCCUUAGCAAGCGAAAUCGGGCUGUCAUGCGGACUCUUAACCCAAUGCUGGUGA